CCAACAUCGCGUGCCCCCGUGCCUCGCCCGGUUUGUAACCGCCCCUGGCUGACCCCGUUUUUAUUUGUCGAGAAUGCAGCCCUUCCGAGAGGAACCAGAGUGGUGCAGCCAAGCAGCCGAGCGUUCUGGCGUCGUCCGUCCGCCAACGCAGCCUGUUCACAGCGGAUGGAGACCUUCGCCGACGUGGGCCGGACUGCCACGCGAUACGCACUUCCUGGCCGAGGGCCCGUGGCCGGCAGCAGCCCCGGACCGCACCUAUCCUGGUUGCUAUUACGAAGGCAGCGCCGGGGCCGUUUCCGAGCAGUCGCUGGAGCCCGAAGCUGCGACGGAGCCCGCGAAGCCCAGCAGUCCCGAGUGCCUGAGCUUUGUCCUCGGCGUCGCUUUCGCGGCACUCCUCUUGGGCAUCGGUCUUCUCGUCGUCCACAGCUCACUGUCGCCGCACGACAUCACCCCGGACGUUGGGGACGACGCCCUGGAGCGGCGGCUGGAAGUGGCACCGAACACAGUGGGCGAGCGCCUCAUCCCGCUGGGUGUUGCACAUCCGGACAUGGACGAACGCGGGAACAGGAAAACGACGAUACGCACUCGCGCGCGGGUCCAAGUCGCGGGCAGCGCGCCACACGGAGGAGCAUCACAGCCACAGCUGACGACUGCGAAGACGAGCCCCGAGACGACACUUGCUGCCACAGUGGCCAGUACUCGGGUCGGACACCACGCACAGCCGAGAGGUGCCUCCACCGACGAUUCUUGCAGACGCCACGUGUACACGCACUGUGUGCGGCCCAGGCCGGAGUUCUACUACAGUGCCGAGCGGCGAGCCUGCGUCCCGGCGGCCGCGGACACCGUGCACGUGUGCAACCGCGGCUCCAACCGGUUUGCCAGCUUUGAGAGCUGCCUCGCCAGCUGUGCCAACGGCCGCCGCAUCUCGGACCGCUGCUACGAAAGCACGCUGUUCUUUCCCUGCGCCCAGCAAGACGUGCUCGACGUGCCGUGGUACUUCGACGGCAAGAACUGCGUCGCCUGGAGCUUCCCGCAGGGCACCUGCUUGUCCAUGGGCAGCCGGGGCGUGUUCCGUAGCUUCGAAGAGUGUCGCCUGCGCUGCCUGCUCCGCACGGAGCCAGUGUGCGACGAGACGCCUGCAGCUGAGGCGUGCUCGCCUCGCCAGCUGAGGCACCCUUAUUUUGCCGACAUGCAGGCGCGCGGUGGCGCUCGCUGCGUCAACGCGUCCCGGCGCACGCUGCAAUCGCGCCGCUGCCUCAUCGGGUCCAACCAGUUCGCUUCACUCGCGGCCUGUCGCAAAGCUUGCGUCGGGAAUUAGCAGCUUGCCCUGUGCGUGCCGAGCUGUGGCUCCGAUAGACUCAGUUUUUGCGCGUCGUGACUAUUAAAUCCAGCUUGCGUGU